UGAUUAUAUUAGUGCCUAUACAACUUUUUAGCUCUGAUUACCGAAAUGUGAAGUUUUGGAAAACAAUUUCCGUUUUAAUUUUUUUUAUUAGUAUAUACCCUACUGUGGUCUUAACACAAACCGCGAAGAAAAGUUUAGCUAGCCCACAUGGUGCUUCCACAGUUAGCAUUAAACUUCAAUGUCACUCAUCCGUCGCAACACCAUUAUCGUUCACGCAACAAUUUUGGGCCUGUUGCGGUGGAGAGAGUCAAUGUUUCGGUGAUGAGAAACAAGGGAAUAAAGGAGGGAAAUGCAUAAUAUUGCUUGCUCAUUUCCAUAUACAGGAAGUCUUCGAGUUACGACGUACUCGACCUAUGGCGUUUCUACUUUACGACGCCUGUGCCUCGUCCGCCAUUUUGUCCCCAGCACCAUAGUGUUUCUGCUUACUAGUGCAUAGUGCUUGUCUGUGUUUGUGCGCCGGGAGUAUCUUUGCCUUUUUCGCCCUCCUUUUUUUUCACACGUUCAGCAGUAAUGGUAAGUACAGCAUCUUAUUUUUUUUAAUUUUAAUGUAUUUUAGUUUCUUUAUACAAAGUGUUAACCUUUCCUGCUACGGUCACCUGACCAUGGUCGGGAGACGCAGGGGAGACACGUUCUCCAGAGCCGAGGUUGUCCUCGGGGUUAACUCCCUUCUCUCGUUGCACAGCUUUGCUUAGAGGUGGCAACAUUAAAGGGACGAAGCACCGAUUUGCUGCUUUACUGGCUUUAUUAGCUCCUCUGCACAUUCAACGUCAACGGGUCCUCCGCUAAUCGCUAGUCUUCCCCGGUCGCCGUCACUACACUUUCCACUGUACACACUUGCACCUGCGCGCGCUCCUACCUCCUUCACACUUCCGUCUCACUCACACAUCGACGCACACGCCCACACACACUGAGCUUGGUGUCACAAUCACGUGGGACAAUACCCGUAACAGAAGUAUUUCGAUGUAAAUUUCAACUUUAACGGUGAAAUUCAGGUUACGUCGCCAACCUAGGGAUGGAACUCGUUUGUAAGUCGAGGACUUCCUGUAUAACAUAUUUAUCACAUUUAACACUUUUUGAACAGAUUGUGUAAUAAGUCAUCUAUUACAACCCAGCCAGCCUGGUGGGCUAUUAAAAAUGUGGAUACAGGAGAGGCUACCUACUAUAAUUUGUCUGACUAAAUAGUUUUGCAUUAGUACAAUCUAUUUCCACCUUUCUUUCUGUAUUUGUCUUUUUAAUGAAAUGUUACAUAAGUAUGGAAUUUUGUUGCAGGCAAGCUUCAGUUGAAAAGAAGAAGACAGCAGCUAAAGAGAGGCUGGCAAAGCAUAGGGCAGCCAUUUUUUUUUUUACGAUCCAAUUUCACUUGAGGAAUACAAAAGAAAAGAGAGAGAGAGGUUAGGGUGUUUACAGGGGAAAAUAUAAUUUGGGUUAGGUUGACCAACACUUGUACCACCACUCGAACACCUCCCAAACACACACACAAACAAUUUUGAUCAUAGGCUAAAGUUUUGAAAGGUGAAUUUUUGCACUGACACAAAUACAUUAGAAUUUUUCCCCUUCUCCAGGUAUCGAAAACGUAAGGAAGCUGGUAAACUGAAAACACAGGAUCUGUAUGGUAGACAGAAAAUGAAAAAAAAAAAGCAACGGAGGAAUAAUUCAGCAAAGUAUUACAAAAAGAAAAAGGAACAGCAGUUACUUCUGGAUUUAACACCAAAAUCUUGUGUAAGUGAGAGAGAAUUGUGAGAAUGAAGAAAUAGAAAGAUGGGAACUGGAUAGAAAUCUGAUCAAAACAGCAACCAGAACACCAGAAGAAAGCGUAGAAAAACGUUUGGGAAGAACCAGGCCAAUGGAGGCUUCCACCCUACGGAGAACACUGCAAGAAAAAAAAUAGAGAGCAGUCAUCAAAGACGACUUUGUUGACUGUGUUCAUUUUUGUUUUUUUAAUUCCAUCCUAACAGUUGACAUCAACAAAACCAGGAGUCAUCAAUACACGAGAGAUGUCUUGCUUUUGAGGGGAAAACUGCACGUGCUUUCGUUCAGUGUGCCAUGUGUUGUUUGACUGAGGAGAAGCGGAACCUGACAGCACCAAGGCCACCAUUGAGGUUCGGCAAUGGGUCCUGGUCGAGUAUGAUGGUGACUUGUUCCCCGGUACAGUCACACAGAUUGCCGAAGAGCAGUACGAAGUGGACACCAUGACUCGUGUUGGGGAAAACCGCUUCUAUGUCCCGAGCAUCAGAUAUCCAGAAGAGAAGAGACAAUCAGUGUGGAUCAGGCUGUGGCACAAGCCUUCAGACUCCGUGCAUACCAAGAUGUCAUUGUUAAUGUUGUUGACCCAAAGGACGUCACUCUGGACCUGAUGGAACUGACAUUUAAGGACCAGUACAUCGGCAGGGGUGACAUGUGGAGACUAAAAAAGAGUUUGGUGAGCACAUGUGCAUACGUGUCACAGAAAGUGGAGUAUGCUGGAGUCAGAUCCCAGGCAAGUGAACUCUGGGUGAAGGGGGAGAAAGUGACCUGUGGAUACAUCAGUGAAGACACUAGGGUUGUGUUCAGAUCCACAUCUGCAAUGGUUUACAUCUUCAUCCAAAUGAGCUGUGAGAUGUGGGACUUUGACAUUAACGGUGAUUUAUACUUUGAAAAGGCAGUGAAUGGUUUCCUUUCAGACCUUUUUGGCAAGUGGAAGGAUAAAAAUUGCAGUCAUGAAGUGACAGUUGUGCUCUUUUCACGCACUUUCUACAAUGCGAAAUCAAAAGAUGAAUUUCCUGAGAGUCUGAGAGCGUCAAUCCAACAGGAUCACGAAGGAUGUUUUUAUGAAGACUUUUAUAGAGUUGUGGCUCAGAAUGAGAGGCGUGAUGAGUGGACAUCCCUAUUGGUCACUGUCAAGAAUCUCUUCAUUCAAUAUCCUGUCCUGGUGCGACUUAAAGAAGCAGAUGGCUUUCCCUUCGGCUAUAAUUCUACUUCUGCUCAGGGAAACUACUUGGAAGCAAUCAACCUUUCUUUUAAUGUGUUUGACAAGCAUUAUAUCAAUCGUAACUUCGACCGGACUGGUCAGAUGUCAGUUGUCAUCACGCCAGGUGUGGGAGUGUUUGAAGUUGACCGUCUGCUAAUGAUUCUGACCAAGCAACGGAUGAUUGACAAUGGUAUUGGUGUUGACUUGGUGUGUAUGGGGGAACAGCCAUUACAUGCAGUACCGCUCUUUAAGUUGCACAAUCGAUCGACACCUGACUCUUGUAUGGGGAAUGACUAUAAUCUGCCUCACUGGAUCAACCACAGCUUCUACACCUCCAAAAGUCUGAAUUCUUGCAAUACCUUUAUUCCCCGAAUAAAAUGUGCUGGUCACAAGCGUCAUUGUGAAAAACUAAAGAAAGGCACCGAACAAACUUUAUGUAUACAAAAGGAGUGGGACAAUGGUCUGCCAAUACAGCUGGACUAUGAUGCCUAUGACUCUCAGGUUUUCAGACUCCCUGGUCCUUCACUGAUUCAGAGAAGUCCCAGUUGCAGGAUGACUCGGAGUAAAGAGAGAAGUGAAAAGAAAAGCUCUGGAUCAGUGGAUGUUGUACCUGGCAUAGGCACAUCCCCUCCUUUGUGCUUUGGUGGUGCAGAUGAACAGCAUAGCCUGGCAUCUGAUGAUAGUCUGGGCCCUGUGUCCAACAUGUUUCUCAUACCCCGGAUACCCUCUAUGGUUUACGAAGUCAGUAGCUCUCUAGGAUACACAUGUGGCCGAGAGUUGUUUGAGAAGACUGUAGACUCUCAACGAGACUCAAGUGCCCCCGCUAGGUUCACAGUGGGAAGUGCUGAGUCCACGCUGUUCAUACAGCCGGGAGGUUAUACACCCCAGAGGGCGCUUAUAAAUCCCUUCACACCAGCCAGGAUGCCCAUGAAGCUCACAUCCAACCGCCGGCGCUGGAUGCACACAUUCCCUGUUGAUACUUUUGGCGAAGCUAUUCAAAUCCAUCACCAGACUAGACAAAACAUCGCUGAGUUGCAAGCCAGCCAACAGAGAGUUCACGGCCACAUCUCAGCUGAGCUGCUGGAAGUCGCAUAUCAGGAGGCCACAGGAAGGCAAACAAGCUACGCAAAAGCAGACGAGAAUGUCCUCUACAUUAAUGGAGGAAUGGAAGAAUACGCUCAAAGUCCUGCCAACAGUGGUGGGGCCAACAGUGCUUCUGAAUUUGAUGACUCAUCCCAAAGUGGUGCCAAUCCAAUGCCCAGCUUCUGCUGUACAGUGGGGGUUGACUGGAAAUCUCUGACCACACCGGCCUGCUUGCCCCUCACCACUGACUACUUCCCUGACCGCCAAAUGCUACAAAGUGACUACACUGAGGGAUGCUAUGACUUACUGCCUCACAGUGAUCUGGAGAGGCGAGAAGAUGAAGUGCCAGGGAUGAAUGCUGCUCAAGUGUUUGAAGAAUUUGUCUGUCAGAGGUUGAUGCAGGGCUACCAGAUCAUUGUCCAAUCUAACAAGAGGAGACGACAAGCCUCUGUAGCUACUCCCCUUGGCAGCAGUCCUUUAUACACCAGAGGUUUGAUGUCAAUGCGACGAGGAGAGGAAGAAGAGACGGUUUACUGGCUCAGUAUGGGUAGGACCUUCCAUAAGGUUUGCCUCAAAGACAAAAUACUCACUGUUACUCGAUACUUGCCAAAAUACCCAUAUGAGUCAGGUCAUAUUCAAUACAGCUACAGCCUGUGUCCUCCACAUGUCGAUGCUCAGUUUGUGUCCUGUUGGGUUGAGUUUGGCCAUGAAAGACCAGAAGAAUAUAAAUGGAAUUACUUGGACCAGUACAUCUGCUCUACUGGCUCUGAGGAUUUCAGUUUGAUCGACUCACUAAAGUUCUGGAGGACAAGGUUCCUCUUGCUUCCAGCUGGAGGAGCUCGGCGUGUGGCUGAUGGAGAUGGGCACUGGGAUGUUUACGGAGAUGGAUCAAAUACAGGAAUGGGUGGUAGUGGUGAUUGGUUCCUGCUGGAUGGCUUCAUCCGCUUCCUUGAGGGAGUCAACCGCAUUCGACGACGUCAUCGUUCCGACAGGAUAAUCAGAAAAGGCACUCCAAUGAAGGCCAUGAAUAUUCUCCUUUCAUAUCCUUCCGAACCGAUGGUGCCGCUGCAAGGCAAAAAAGGAACAUCAGCUUUAUCAGCUUUACUGGAGAUGGAUCAGAACCAUAGGACAUUAGAGGAGCAACAGCAGAAGGCCAAGCCCAUAACACCUGUUUCUGAAGUCUCAAGUGCAGAAAGUCCACGUAAGUUGGCUGCUGAAUAUAUUGAAGUUGCGGACAAGGGACUCCAGGUGGGACUGAGUGCUGGAGCAUCAGUACAGUCUGCAGGAGAGACUGCAACUGGCAGUAGCAUUGACCCGAGAUUAGCAGUAUGCAGUGGGCAUUUUGGACUGGAAGAUUUUUCUCUGUCCUCUUCAUCAACACUCUUGGAAAUCCUGGAGGCCAUUAAACAUCCGAGGACAGGUGUACUGCUGCUCCCAGAACAGAGGGGUCUGCCGUGCAACUGCUUCAUAAGUGCUGAGGUCGUCCACUGGUUAGUCACCAAUGUUGAGGGUGUAGCCACACAGAGCAUGGCUAUUGAUAUUAUGCAGAAAAUGCUGGAGGAAGGUUUGGUGGCCCAUGCAUCUGGAGAUGCUAUGCGGACCUUCGUUUAUGGGUUCUACAUCUAUAGGAUUGUGGCAGAAAAGGAUGGCACACAGCUACCCCCGACGGGGGCCUGUGGCUGGUCCACUGCAGCCUUGGAAGAUUUUUCCCUGUUUCAGAGAAAAUGGUUUGAGGUGGCCUUUGUGUUGGAGGACCAACAACCAUGUGACCUCCCAGCGUUCCUGCUGCCCUGGCUCCCAAGCCGACCAGCCUCUUAUGCAAGCAGACAUAGCUCUUUCAGUCGCAGCUUUGGAGGACGCAGCCAGUCAGCGGCACUGCUAGCUGCUACAGUCCCAGAGCAGAAGACAGUCACUCUGGAUGUUGAUGCUAAUAAUCGCCGGGGUCGAACUGAAUGGUGCACCUGUUAUUACCAUGGCAACUUCUCCCUAAAUUCUGCCUUUGAGAUCAAACUUCAUUGGAUGGCUGUCACUGCUGCAGCCCUCUUUGAGAUGGUUCAAGGUUGGCACAGGAAAGCGGCAUCCUGUGGUUACUUAUUGGUUCCUGUUUUGGAGGGUCCAUUCGCUUUGACGUCACACCUGUAUGGAGAUCCACUGAGAGCCCAACUCUUCAUUACCCUUAAUAUUCAAUGUCUGAUGAAGAAUGGUAGCGAAAACUUGUUUGAAGGUUUUGAACCAGAGACCUACUGGGAAAGGAUGCAGCUCUUUCAAGAGGCCAUAUUGAACAGAUUUGGGUUCGUACUCGACAAGUUUUCUGCUUCAGCUUUUAAUUUCCCGUCGGAGAACAGACCCCAAUACAUCCACAUAACAGGCACUGUCCUGCUACAACUGCCAUACUUCAAAAAAAAGUAUACCAGUGGGCAACAGCGUCGGCGCAGGAACUCCACCACAUCCAACAGCCAGAGCUCAAUGAGUGGUGAAGAUCGGGUUGGCUACUAUUGGUCCUACAACACCAUGUUGACCAAAGCCUGGAGGACUGGUGUUCUGGGUGAUGAGAGGCUGGCUGACCGCCUCCUCAAAGACUUCACAGACUACUGUGCCAAUAAAGACAACAGACUGCUGAACUUUUGGAACAGUUGCCUGGAGAAAAUUAAUACCAGCGCCCCCUAAAGCAACAACUGUUGUUUCAUGUUUCAGUGCUUGUGUGUGAUAUAUAAAUGUAAUGCCUGAUUGCUGUAUUUGUUUGAAUUACAUCCAUCUUUUCCAAAUAGUCAAUUAUUUGGAAUCACUGACAGAUACCAUUUGGCAAACAUGUUUUCAUUGUGGGCCAUAUUGCAUUAUGGUUGACCUCACUGACAUUCUACCCUCCAAUGUUUGCUCACUCAAAAACAAAUGUGAUGAACUUUUCCUGCUUAGAAGAUCAUGCAGAGAAUGGAGUCACAGCUCUUUAUACAUAUUUCCGAGUCCUGGCUACAUAACUACAAAAGGGUGUGCGGCUAGAUAGAACUCUGUUCAGAGCAGACAAAUACGGCUAGCUUAGCAGCAGAGAAGGUGGGCCAUCCAUCUACAGUGAACCCUGCCACUUUGGGGUUCACUAUUUACAAACUCCCCUAUUCAUGUUUUUGUGAUCUUUCUAUAACACCCUAAGAUGUGACAAGUUGGCACCAAAAACCUGGCUAUUAGGAAAAUAGUAAUUGGUGUCAAGGAAGUUUGUUAAAGUCUUCUGAUACAGUUCAUAGUUUUUUUUUUUUAAUAUUUUUAUUAUCAAUGUAAUCCAAGUACCAUAAUGUUAAUGUCAGUUGGUUACUUUUAGAUUACUCCAACACAAAAUAUGCUAAAGAAAAAAAAAGACAAAAGAAACUAGAACCCUCCUUGAGCCGUCACUUUAUCGUGGUGGAGGGGUUUGUGUGUGAUCCAAUGAUCCCAGGAGCUAAGUUGUCUGGGACUUUAUGCCCUUGGCAGGGUCACCGAUGGCAGAAAGGGCCUAGGUGAGGGACCAGACACAGCCCGGCUCCAAAAACCCCAAUGAUGUUCAAAAAUUCAGGAAGACGUUUUCCCUUGCCCGGACGCAGGUCACCGGGGCCCCUCUCUGGAGGCAGGGCUUGAAGGAGUGUGCCUGGUGGCCGGGCCUGCACCCAUGAGGCUCGGCCGGGCACAGCCCGAAAGGGUAGCGUGGGUCCCCCGUCCCAUAGGCUCACCACCUGUGGGAGGGGCCAUAGGGGUCGGGUGCAGUGUGACUUGGGCGGUGGCCAAAGGCAAGGACCUUGGCGAUCCGAUCCCUGGCUACAGAAGCUCACUCUAGGGACAUGGAAUGUCACCUCUCUGGCAGGGAAGGAGCCCAAGCUGGUGUGUGAGGUUGAGAAGU